AUGGACACAACCAACUACGGCACCGGGGCCCAGAUCGAAGAUGUUCCCCGGCCGACGCUGCUUCAAUUCUUCAAGAGGCUUUCUAUCAUGGAGUUGGUCUACUUUCUCGCUUCUGGUGCCGUACGCCUGUCUAUAUUAGCGUUUCUUCCACGCUUGAGCAAGAACAAGAUAUAUAUCUGGAGCAUAUACGCUCUCAAUGCUAUGGUGAUCAUAGUCAGUUUGUCGGGAUUCUUUUUCGUCUUGACAGAAUGCUCGCAGAUACCUGAUGUCUUCAAUUAUUCUAGCACAUGGCGACAAUGCAGAGACAAACGCGAAGAGCGAUCGAUGAUGCUGGGCCAUGCCAUUAUUUGCAUCUUUGUUGAUUGUAUGCUGGUCGUCCUUCCGCUAUGUGUUGUGACGAACUACGUCAAAAUGGGCGUCAAGGCCAUACAAAUCUUGCUGGUUUUUUCUCUGGGAAUCUUUGCUGUCGUUACUGGCAUCGUUCGAUUUUCCAUUAUCGUCACGACGGACUUCGGUGUAAACACGACGUACAAGAUGCUCACUGUAGCUGCAUGGACCGACGCCGAGCUCCAUGUUGGUCUCUGGGUCGGCUGUUUCCCCGCCCUGCAACCUCUACUCCGACAUGUAACUUUAAUGCUCGGAAUGCGCAGCCAGUUGGACAGCACAGGUGCCGCAAGCAAGAGGAACACGAUGACGUCCACGGCAACUUCCAAUAGAAAAAGCGCUUUGGACAGGUGGUCACGGAGUUCUGGUAACGUGCGCAGUGAGAGCGCCGGAAGCCAGCCGUUGGAAAGCGGCGCUGGGCAAGUCGAGGCUGUAGGUGGCCAGUCUGGCGAUGUUGAGAUGGUGGAUCUCGAGAAGGGGGAAGGCGCUGGUCAAGUUGGCAAGCAACCAGAGAUCUCGACACCAGGAAAAGUGGGUGAGAGCUUAUGA